UUGGAUAAAGAAAAAACAACCAGGCCCGGUCCAGCCCAACAAGCCGAGCAGGAAUGUGCCAUCGUUGGAAGCUGGAACCAAAACCCUACCCAAAUUCCCCGCUCCUGCCUCAAAUCUCGUCUCUCUACUCGCCGGACAUGAAGGAAACAGCGGCGGCGCGACCCGCUGCCGAGAAGAAUGAGGCGGUUGCGGCGCCCCCAGCACGCAAGAGGCGCGCAUCUGACGAAGCGGCUGGGUCCAGGUCCAGGUCACACAAACUGGCACGUGAUAGCGGCUGCGACGGCGAUCUCAUCAACAAUCUUCCGGAUGCCAUCCUCGCCACCAUCGUCUCCCUCCUCCCCACCAAGUACGGCGUCCGGUCGCAGGCCGUCGCCCGUAGAUGGCGUCCUCUCUGGCGCUCAGCGCCUCUCAACCUCGACGCCUCCCACGACCUCUGCUCCAACGACUUCGGGCGCUUCUCCCUCGUCUCCAGGAUCCUCUGCGAUCACCCUGGCCUGGCCCGCCGCUUCGCUUUCGACCGCAUCCGCCUCCACAGGGAGGAAAAAAGGUACGCCGAGGAAGCCGCUGAGCUCGAGCGCUGGUUCAACUCCCCGCUCCUGGACAACCUCCAGGAACUCAAUAUCGUCUUCUCGCUCUUAGAAUAUUCGUCUGGACAGUCUGAGAAGGAGAAGCGCUAUCCGCUGCCACCGUCGGUGCUGCGCUUAGCACCAACCCUCCAAUUGGCCAGGAUUGGCUCCUGUGAUUUCCCAAAGGAGAUCGCACCUUCGCUGAAUUUCCCCCUCCUCAGGCAGCUCCACCUAUGGCGCGUUUCCAUCUCCGAUGAUGUCUUCUCCGGGGUGCUCUCUGGCUGCCAUGUCUUGGAGAACUUAUACUUGUCGGAGAUUCGUGAUGUAGGUUGCCUCCGCAUAUGCUCGCCAACUCUCAGGAUCAUCGUCAUCUCUUGUUUGUUUGAAGGCGAGGAAGAAUUGGUCAUUAUGGAGGCCCCUCGCCUUGAAAGGUUGCUGUUACGUUCGCCAGGCUCAGGUAGUGAGAUUAUCCGGGUUGUUAGCGCACCUAAACUGCAGAUGUUGGGCCUUUUGUCUCCCUGCAUCUCAUAAAUUGAAAUUGCUAAUAUAGUCUUCUAGGUAACAGCUGCAUUAGUCUCUAGUAGGCUCUUAAUUAAAUGGAAUUCUCACUUCUAGAAGUUUUUUUUAUGAGAGGAAGUUUUCUCAAAACUCCGUUGUUUUCUUCAGGGAUUGAUCCCAUCCAUCUCGGAAAACUCAAUAAGCACCGUAAAGGUUUUGGCUCUCAAGUUUUCUGACCCUGCUUUGGAUGCAGUUCUUGACAUCCUUAGAUGCUUUCCCUGCUUGGAAAAGCUCUAUGUCAUUUGGGAUGAAUAUGUAAAGGCAGAGAUAAAAAAUGUGCGUCAGUAUGACCCACUAGAUCCAAUCAAAUGCCUUGAGAACCAUCUCAAAGUAUUGGUAUUGAAGAAUUACAAAGGUGGUGAGGAAGAUGUUGGCUUUGCCAAGUUCUUUGUUUCGAAUGCAAAAGUGGUAAAGGAAAUCAAAUUUGGAGUUUGUAAGAAAAUUGACAUCGACAAGAAAUGGAUGACUCAUCAACUCACGCUGCUAGAAGUGGAAACAAGACCUUCGCCAGACACUGUAUUCAAAUUCAGAAGUGGUUCUUCUUGUUGGGACACUUAUUUGGAUACCGAGGACUUAUCCGUUGCCGACCCGUUCAGCUGUUGUUUUUUUAGACGGGUAGAUACUCUUUCAGAAGCAUAUCUGUGAUCUGUCAAUGGCGUAUCUCUUUGGUUGCUUCGUUCACGAAUUAUGUACCUGAUGAUUGUGUUGUCUUCCGUCUGAAAGGGAAGAGCAUGGAUACAACCUAGUUAAUUCUAAGUAUUAGUCAACAGUGCAUGAUUGUGUUUGAA